CGGGCGGGCGGAGACAGAGCGCGGAGCGGUGGCGCGCACGGCUGGACCCCGCCGGGACACAUCGUGCCGGCAUGGCUCUGGAUUUCCUGGCGGGGUGCGUCGGCGGUGCUGCUGGAGUGCUGGUAGGACAUCCCUUUGACACUGUUAAGGUUCGUCUACAAGUUCAAAAUGUAGAGAAGCCUCUCUACCGUGGGACUUUCCAUUGCUUUCAGUCCAUCAUAAAGCAAGAAUCUGCUUUUGGACUCUAUAAAGGUAUUGGGUCACCAAUGAUGGGACUUACAUUCAUUAAUGCGCUUGUGUUCGGUGUACAAGGAAACACACUUCGUGCUCUGGGAAAAGACACUCCAUUAAACCAGUUCCUUGCAGGGUCAGCAGCAGGGGCUAUCCAGUGCAUCAUCUGCUGUCCCAUGGAGUUGGCAAAGACAAGAAUGCAGCUUCAAGGAACAGGAGAAUACAAACAGAAAACGAAGAACUACAAAAAUUCUCUGGAUUGUUUGAUCAAAAUCUAUCAGAAGGAGGGGCUGAGGGGAAUCAACAGGGGCAUGGUCUCUACAUUCAUAAGAGAAACUCCAAGCUUUGGCUUUUACUUCCUGACCUAUGACUGCAUGACUAGAUAUUUAGGCUGUGAAGCUGAAGACAGUUACGUUAUUCCCAAACUGCUGUUUUCUGGAGGAAUGUCGGGAAUUGUGUCCUGGCUCUCAACCUAUCCCAUGGAUGUGAUCAAAUCCCGACUUCAGGCCGAUGGGGUCGGAGGCGUUACACAAUACAAGGGCAUUAUGGACUGUGUCAGAAAGAGUUACCAUGAAGAAGGCUGGAGGGUGUUCACGAGAGGUCUCACUUCCACACUUCUCCGUGCUUUUCCUGUCAAUGCAGCUACCUUUGCUACUGUCACUGUGUUCCUAAUGUACAUGAGGUCAGACGACAACAUUCCUGAAUGUGAACGAGAUCUAGUAAUCCAUCAGCCUUCCAAUUUGCAAACUUAAUCUGUUUGUUCUCCUCAUCCAAAGCCCAGCUGGUUGGGUUUUGUUGAACAUGAACAUUUGACCUGCACAAGUAGUGUAGAUGUAUGCUAUGUGUAUAAAGAAUUCCUAAAUGUCAAAUUAGGAUUUCAUGUCACUACUUGUAUAAACAGCAUCCUGCCUUAUUCAGGACUCCAUAUCUAGUAGUAUUCAAGUCAGACGGGGACCUGCCUUUAGAAAGUUAUUGUUGUGGCUCCAGAAGAGGAUCUGGAGAAUGCCAUAGUACCAGAAAUUGUUUUCUUCCACUCAUGUUCUGAAUGAAUGAGUUGAGCUGAAUGCAGAAAUUUUGUCAUGAAAGAAAUACUCAUUUUGUUUGUGACAGGAGCUAAGUACACUUAAGGUGAAGUAGGGGGAAUAAAUUAAAUGUUGGAGGCAUUUUGCAGGUAACCCCGAACUGUUUAAGACAUGGACUAGCAUUCAGCUAGUCAUGUGUUUUACUUAUCCUCUGCUUUUAUACGUCAGUGGUUUUAGUAGCAACUUUGUUCAUACUGAUUUGCAAAAAAAAAAAAAAAAAAGAGAGAAAAUAUUUGUAUUUAAGCUACUCCCUUACCUUUCAGCUUUGAAUAAAUAUCUUAAGCACAAAGUUAGCAUCUGCACUCAAAUGCACUUGUUCCUUUAAAUCUCAAGGCUUGUAAGGAUUUAGGGAAAUUCAAAUCUAGUAAGAUUGAUGUUGUUUGCCUUCACCUCCGUUUCUCCUUUGGUGGGUGCAUGGACCGUAUUAAGUUAGUUCAGCCCACGUAGACUUUGUUCUCCAAAGUUAAUGCAACUUUGCACCACUUCUCCCAACAUGCCCCAUAGCAGCCAGUGAUGUACAGAUGUCAAAGUCCUGCUUGUGGUAUUGCACAAAAUGUUUGUGGGUGCAAUGUUAGCUUAGCAGCUCCAAGUACCAUAGAAAUACAUAUUUAGAACUAGAGGUUUCAUAUCUUUUCAGAAAAUAGAGGUGUAAGUGUCUGAAAUGGUUGCUGUUCAAUACACUUGCAUUAUGAAUUGAAACAAUACUGAUUUUUAUGUAUUUAGUUACAGUGCUACUGGAAAGAAGACUGGAAAGGGUUUUGGAGAAUUUUCUUGUUACAUUAAUCUGCUGUGAUUAUUUUUUUUAGCAGUCUGUUCAAGAAAGAUUGUAUAAAUCAAAGAGCUAUAAACAGUUAUUUAAGAUUUGAAAAAAACCCUACACAUAUUUGGCACAAAUAGCAAGAAGGAAGGAGUGCAUGUGUGUGAGCAAUGUUUUAAAAAAUAUCAAAGUAGUUCAGUAAGUACAACUUGUUACACUUUUGGUUGGGACAAGUGCAAUAUGUGUUUAAUUUAUAUGAAUUUUCUAAAGAAACCUUAUGUCAUAGCAUUUUGCACUGUAACAAAAUAUGCUGGAGAAACCUGUAAAACUGGUAUGUCUCUUUAUACCUUGGAGGUAUGAUGGAUGUUCUAGUGCCUACUUGCACUGAGAUUCAAAUUGAAUGUUAAAUCUAUCUACUAAGCUGCAUAUGCACAACAACUCACAGUAAAGACCAUUUACACCUUUGUACAGUAGACUGUAAUUAUUGUAUAUAAAAUUGGAGAAAUAAAUUUUUUUAAAAUUUUUA